AUGCCUGGAAACAUCAGAUCAGUGUCUUUAGUGUGGAUGGUGUUGGUGUGUCUGUUGUUCUGCAACAGACUGAGCAGCGUGGGUGCAGCACCCAUCUGUACCAAUGGCCAGGCUGGGUGCCAUGUCCUCUCCCUGGCGGACCUGUUUGACCGGGUCAUCCAACACUCAGCCAGGAUGCACAGCAUUUCAAAUGACCUGCACUCCGAGUUUGAGCAGUACUUCCUGCCCAGUAAGAAUCACAUUGGCCGGGUCAGUCGCAACUGUCACACCUCCACCAUCCUCACCCCAAAUGGCAAGGAGAACGCUCAGAGAAUGGCUAGAGAGGAGCUGACGGAGGUGAUUCUGAAGCUCCUGGUGGCGUGGAGGGAUCCUCUAUGGCAUUUCCAUCAGAGCAUGGCUCACCAGCACGACUUCAACAACUUCAGCUCCAAUAAAGCUCUUGAGAUGAGUGACAUGGUGCACGAGCUCCGCAAAGGUGUAGAGAAAGUGGCUGAGAAGAUGCAGAUGUUGGGGAUAAUAAGUAACACUGUCAACAGCCUGGCUUCUCCUGAGGCUUCGUUGCCAUCAGACAGUGCUGAGUGGCGCCUGAUGAAAGACUCUGACCUUCUCUACUGUUUUCGCCGAGACUCCAACAAGGUCCAGAACUACCUGAAGAUCCUCAAGUGUCGCAUUGUUCCAGAGCAUGGAUGCUAAAGGCCACAAAAACAUAGAGACUGCAUUUGACUUCCAGAAAUAUCAACUCACUGGAAUGGAAAUGUUUCAAUUGGAAACUACAAGGAUAAAGUUGUAGGUAUGGGAUGUUUACUGAUACGCACAAAUAUUCGCUAUAGCAUGACUGAAGUUCUGCUGGAACCCCAAAGACUGCCCACUUCCUGCUUCAUGCCUGAUAUUAUUUAGAGCAUGGACAAAUAUGAGUUGAGUAUGGACAGGAUGAGUGUAAUGCAUGUUAUGAUAGACUCCUGUAUGUCAUGUUUCAAUAUAAUAGCAUAUAAAAUAUUUCAAGAAACAUAGAUGCAAUGUUAUUUUUGUCAUUUCAACAGAG